UGCAACUGUCACUGAAUACUACCACUCAGUACCACUGGUAGUAGAGUGGUGCUGCCGCUCUCCAUGGCUCACCACGUCGUCUCUCCCUGUCACCCAUUGACAGCCCUCGCUUUCUUCCUAACUAGCUCCCCCUCUCCUCCUACCUCGCUUCGUUAGGCUAGUUCGCUUCGCUCUGCUAGCUGGUUCUCGGACCGGCAGCGCCCGCUAUAUAUAGCUCUCGCCUCGGCUGCAGCUACCACUCACCCGCACCAAAAACAAGCAAUAAGCUAGCAGCUACACUCACCCAACUGUUAGUCUCCUUAGCUAAGCUAUAUCUCCUACUGCUAGCUGCGUGUGGGUGUGGGCACUCUCCGCUACAGCUCGAUAGGUACGUACAUAAGCUAUCUAGCACGAGCUGUGAGCGAGCGAGCCAGCAAGCAUGUCGUCGAGCAGCCGGAGGUCACGCACGCGGCGUGGCGGGAGCUCGUCGUCGAUCUCGGAGGAGCAGAUCUCCGAGCUGCUGUCCAAGCUGCAGGCGGUGCUCCCGGAGUCCCAAGCUCGCAAUGGUGCUCACAGAGGGUCGGCGGCGAGGGUGCUUGAGGAGACGUGCAGCUACAUCCGGAGCCUGCACCGGGAGUUGGACGACCUGAGCGAGACGCUCGCCGCGCUGCUCGCCUCCGACGCCGUUACCGCCGAGCAGGCCGUCGUCAUCAGGAGCCUCCUCAUGUGACCCUCCCACCGCCCUCCCAUGGGCGGCGCACACGUAUGUCUACCAAGCUCUCCGGCGGCCCAUGUGAGCAUGCGCGUGAGGCGUGAGCGUUAUGACGAGUACCUGCGUCGUGAGCCGAAUUCGUAAGGACGUUUGAUAAGGAUGAUAUUGUUGUGGCUCUUCUGGGUGCUUGCACUUUAUGAAGCAAAACAGAGCUGUUAAGCGUUGUCAUUGUGCCCAUAAGCUCCACAUGAUGAAGGCUUAUGGCACGGUUGAAUGGGACUACUUUGCAGGCAAUUAUGCUCAAAUUGGGAUUUUCUGAGCGUUGGGCGAACAUUGUAAUGAGUCUUGUCAACUCGGUCUCGUACUCAAUUUUGUUCAAUGGUAAGAAACUUGAAGAAUACAAACAAUCCAGAGGAUUCGACAGGGAGAUCCAAUUUCCCUUUUCCUAUUCUUUUUGGCAGCAGAGGGCCUUUUGUGCGUCCUUAAAUCCAGAGUUCAGUCAUCUUAGAUUGGUAUGAUGCAAGUAGGCUCAUCGGCACCACCUGUUAACCAUCUUUUAUUUGCAUAUGACAGUUUAUUGUUCUUAAAGGCUAAUGGUGUUCGGGCGACUGAGGCGUCAACCAGUUGGAUGUUUAUUUCUAGGCUUCUGACCAACAUAUAUUAAUUCUAGCAAAUCUUCUAUCCUCUUCAGUAAAAGAUGCACAACCACUACCUAAAAGGAAAUUAAGAUUUUGCUAGAUGUCGAAACAAGACUCGCAAUGAAAAGUACCUAGGUAUGCCUUUCGAUGUAGGUACUUAGAAAAAUAAGGCUUUCAAAUACUUAAAGGACAGACUGUGGAGCAAGAUGAAAGAACAGACUAGGGAAAAAAAUCAACUUUGUAAGCAAGGUCCCGGAGUCAGAUGCUGAAACAAAAAGCACAAUGUGAACUCAU